AUGGCUCCAGAUAAUGAAAAUCUGGAAGGAGUCGCUGAUCAGGCCCUUCUUCUUCUAACACAGAUGAAAAGGAAUCCGGACGUUAUGCCUCCUUACAAUGAAGAGGCGAUGAGAGCGUGCAUCGCUAAAAUGAACGAGCUGUAUAAUCAAAAUAAUGAAUGCGUAACACGCCUUCGAUCGCAGGGAGAACGGGCUAGCCGAGAACUUGAAGCUUUGAUGAUUUGUCGGAAUGAGGCACUGCAGCAUAUUCGGAGGUGCUGCUUGGCUUACAUACACGCUCGUGCCGAGAGGAUAAGAUCAUAUAGAUGGCGGUUAGGAGGAGUGUUGCCGGCAUCAGUGAAGAAUAAUCUAUGUGAAGCAGAAAUUGAGUUUUUCAAUGAGUACUGCAGCAGUUUGGCGGAAUUCCAAGCCGGCAUCGGAGAAAACGGUGUGAACCUUCUCCUAAGUACACACCCUCCGAAGGCGCUCUAUGUCCAGGUG